ACGCGCAGUGGGGACUCCGGGUGGACUUCUGGGUGCUGCAGAAGCCACGCCUCCUUUUCGGCUCUCCGGCGGCCAUCAUGGUGUUCAAACGCUUCGUUGAGAUUGGCAGAGUUGCCUUUAUUUCCUUCGGGCCUCAUGCUGGCAAGCUGGUGGCUAUUGUGGAUGUUAUUGACCAAAACAGGGCACUGGUUGAUGGCCCCUGCAGUGGUGUCAGGAGGCAGGCUAUGCCCUUCAAGUGCAUGCAGCUGACUGACUUUGUUCUCAAGUUCCCACACAGUGCUCGUCAGAAGUGUGUGCGACGUGCCUGGGAGAAGGAGAAUAUAAAUGAAAAAUGGGCAGCUACAAGGUGGGCAAAGAAGAUCGAAGCCCGAGAAAAGAAAGCCAAAAUGACCGACUUUGAUCGCUACAAGGUUAUGAAAGCAAAGAAAAUGAGAAACAGGAUCAUCAAGCAUGAAAUGAAGAAGCUCCAGAAGUUGGCUUCUCAAAAGGGCAAGAAGCCAGAGAAGGCGCCAAAGCCACAGAAGGCAUCAAAGGCAGAAAAGGCUCCAAAGCCACAGAAGGCACAGAAGCAGGAGAAGGCGCAGAAGGCACAGAAAUAAAAUGAACUUCUAGUUGUGUAUGA